CGUGCAGACAGGAGGAAGCAGCCGCAGGGAGUGACCGAGGCACAGCAACACGACCGGCGGAUGGGCUGCGGAGGUGGUCGGACACCGGUUAUCUGUCGACCAGAGGCGGCUGGCUCUGUCCCGGAGCUCGGUGAGAGAGUGAAUGAGGUUGAUGCUGCUGUGCUGCACCUGGAAGGACGAACGCAUGGGAGAGGAGGAAGCUGGAGGAAGUUUGCCCAUCUGCACGGGAUGCAAACAGAGGAUCUACGAUGAGCAGUACCUGCAGGCGCUCAGCUCCAACUGGCACACCGUCUGCUUCAGGUGUUGUGAGUGCAGCGCCUCACUGUCACACUGGUAUUAUGAAAAAGAAGGACGGCUCUUUUGCAAGAAGGACUACUGGGCCAAAUUCGGGGAGCUGUGCCAUGGCUGCAACGACCCGAUCACCACCGGCCUCAUCAUGGUCGCAGGGGAACAGAAAUAUCACCCAGAAUGCUUCACCUGUCUGAACUGCAGGACGUUCAUCGGUGAUGGAGACACUUACGCUCUGGUGGAGAGAUCCAAACUCUACUGCGGUCACUGUUACUACCAGACCAUCGUGACACCGGUGUCGCUGUCGGACUCGUCAUGCUCGCGGAUCCCUCACACGGUCACACUCCUGUCCAUCCCAGCCUCUGCCGAGGGCAACAACGGACGCAGAGGGCGAGGUUUCUCCGUGUCCAUCGACCAGCCGCUCAGCCCCACCGGCGGCUACAGUCCUGAACAUGGACCCACCAUCAGAGUCUCACAGGUGGACACAGAGUGCAUCAGUCCAGAUGUGAAAAACUCCAUUCACGUUGGAGAUAAGAUCCUGGAAAUCAACGGGACACCCAUUCAAAAUGUCCCCCUGGAUGAGAUCGACCUGCUGAUCCAGGAGACCAGCCGGCGGCUGCAGCUCACCAUCGAGCACGACCCUCACAGUCCGGGACCGGAGGGAGGCUCCUCGGAGGCUGAGGAUCGAGUGAACGGCCCCCUGACCACCCCUCUGUCAGAGGGCCCCAGCCCCAACCUGCCCAUCACACAGCCCCCCAUCCCCGACAGCCUGAGAUCCCGCAUCAUCACGCGGAGCUGCAGCAUUGAUAAGUCACCCGGCUCCAGCAACGCAGCAUCCCCCAUCUCCCAGAGGAAGGACAUUAAUCGAUCAGAGUCGCUGCGCGUCGUGUCCAAUCAGACGCACCGCAUCUUCCGCCCAUCUGACCUCAUCCAUGGAGAGGUGCUGGGGAAGGGCUGCUUUGGACAGGCCAUCAAGGUGACCCACAAGGAGACUGGGGAGGUGAUGGUGAUGAAGGAGUUGAUUCGCUUUGAUGACGAGACACAGAGAACAUUCCUGAAAGAGGUGAAGGUCAUGCGUUGCCUGGAUCAUCCAAAUGUGCUCAAGUUCAUCGGAGUCCUCUACAAAGACAAGAGACUGAACUUCAUCGCAGAGUACAUAAAGGGAGGCACCCUGAGGCAACUCAUCAAGAAAAUGGACAACAACUAUCCCUGGAACCAGCGGGUCAGUUUUGCCAAGGACAUAGCUGCUGGAAUGACAUAUCUGCAUUCCAUGAACAUAAUCCAUCGGGACCUGAACUCACACAACUGCCUUGUACGAGAGGACAACACAGUGGUUGUGGCAGACUUCGGGCUGUCUCGCCUCAUGGUGGUCGACAAGCUUGAGGAGAAAUUCUCGCAGGGAAAAUUGCCCGGCCUGAAGAGGCCCGACCGCAGGAAGAGAUACACGGUGGUAGGAAACCCCUACUGGAUGGCUCCUGAGAUGAUCCAUGGGAAGAGCUACGAUGAGAGAGUAGACAUCUUCUCCUUUGGUAUCAUGCUCUGCGAGGUAAUUGGCAGGGUGAACGCAGACCCAGACUACCUCCCCAGGGCGAUGGACUUCGGCCUGAACGUGUCUGGCUUCCUGGAGCACUUCUGUCCCCCUGAUUGUCCCCCCGCCUUCUUCCCCAUAGCUGCUGUGUGCUGUGACCUCGAUGCAGACAAACGGCCUGCUUUCUCUAAACUGGAGGAGUGGCUGGAGAACCUGAAGAUGCACUUGGACAUUGGUCUACCGCUGGUGUCUAAAGUGGACCAGAUGCACAAGGCCUUCUGGGAGAACCACAGCAUUCCCCGCCCUGAAAACGGCCUGCACACCCACCCCGAGCAGCCGGAGUAGUCCUUUACACGACUGGAGGAGUGGGAAAUUAGAUGAACCUCCACACAGGCAGCGAUCACCUGCCUCAGGUGGAGCAGUGGCUGGAGCUGUACAAACUCCUCCCUGUUUAACGCUGCGGGCGCAGGCUGGCUCAGGCUGGACGAGAAGACUCGGGGAAAUGGUGGAUCUGAAAAGCCACCUGUGCAAGACGCACACAUUCAAAGUCAAAUCAAGAGACAUUUACUACGAUAGCUGGAUUUUGCUGUAUCUGACGCUAAAGUGGAACAUGUCAUAUGCAAUCAGACCCAACUCUCAAAUCAUGACUCAAGCCUUGAAUCAGUUAAUCUAAUCAUUAGGUGUCAUUCCAUACACGAUUGCUUACUGUAGUGUGUAUAUUACUGUAGACAAAGGCAAACUUCCUCUACGUUGUAUGGUAUGUGUUUCCUGGUUUCUGUGUGACUUUGCUUUGAUUUUGCUUUUAAAACUGAGCUUCUGAAAAACGCAAAUGCCUCUCGCAUGUCGCUUAAAAAAAAGUCAAACGAAACCUUUCAAGCUUUUCACUGAAGAGUGCAUGGGUGUAAAUAAAGGUGUCAGGUAGGACUGCUCGAUUAUGGCAAAGAUCAUAAUCUCGAUUAUUUGGGUCAAUAAUUGAUAUCACGAUUAUUAAAACGAUUAUCCAUUUACUUUGAAAACAUCAAUUUAUUGGAGAAAAAAAAUGUGAACAGUAUGUUUUUAACAGUUGAUUACCCUGAACUUUAAGUAUAACUCAACUGAAAAAACAAUACAAAAUAAUUAAAAAAUAAUCGUUUUAUUUCGAUUACGUUGUUUUUUCGUAAUCGUUGCAAGCCAUAAUCGUAAUUGCGAUUUAAAAUACGAUUAAUUGAGCAGCCCUAGUGUCAGGUCAUGUUUCAUCGUUUCCCUCUGACCUCAUUUGGUCAGACACAACGAGACCUUCAUGUGUCUGCGGCCCCUCCAUUAUUUAUUGUGUAGCACUGAUUUCACAUUGAGGUACAUAUCUUUUGCAUACAUUUAAGAGCUGUAUCUCAUCCACAUUGACAUGGCAUCUUAUACAUUCAAACACAUAAAAGUGUACAUAGCUGCCGACAUUGUAAAUGUUUUAAAUAUUGUAAAUGUAAAGACAUAUUUUAUAUACGUAUGCUACAUCGCCAUAUUUUUAUUGGCCGACCAGUUGAAAAUUAGGGAGAGUUAAAGGUUAAAGGGCACAGCUGAAAGAUGUUCCGUUUGUUUUAUCUACAAUGUCACCACUGUGGCAGGUAAGAUGCUUUUAACCUUUGAAAUAAGAAGAAUCCGAUCACAAAAUAUCCCCUCCCCUCAGUUCAAGCUCAGUAAAUGUUACAUUCUGUCGUUUCCCUCCAUCAAGAAGUCUUUCUUAACAUUUGAUCGGUCAUCUUUUUAAUGCACUGGAGUAAAUGUAACUGUAACACUGGAUUAUCUAAUCACAUCAAACUUGCUUAACUAAAUCUGCACAUUAUGAUAAACAAUUAUAUGUACUUUGAAAAUGUUUAAAGGCAAUCAAUCUGUUGUUAAUUAUUCACUCUUGUCUCAUCAUGUGCUGUACAUUAGUUCAGGUGUGGGGAUAAUAUCACCAGGUACUGCCUCAUCGUGUCAGCUGUCUGUCCACAUGUUUGUCUCUCCUCCUGUGGAUCAAUCACUGUUGUUUACAUGUAAAUGCUAACUGUAAAUAUCACUAUAUAUAUAUGUGUCUGUCCUUGCAUUUGUCUGCGUGCAUUGCAUAAAUAUCACUUCUCAGAAAUAAUCUCUUCCACUGUCAGAUUUCUCUCUGGCACCUUCUGACAUAAGUUUUCUUUUUCUAAUCAGAACUUUUUAAUGUUUUUUUUUAUUUCCUGCUGUUGUUUUCACAAGCUGCAUGAUGUACUAGCUCGGUCUGUUCAGCUUUUCAACCAAGCUCUUUUUGUCUCUAAAUGCUGUCAUUUUAAAUAAGAAAACAAAGAAUGAAAGAUAAAAAAAAGUGAACAGAGAAAGUCAAGCUUCAAUUGAAAUGGGGGGAAAAAACACAGCAUCUGUUUUUAUAUAUAACCACUGAUAUCUUUUUGUAUAGAUUUGAGUACUUUAAUUUGCACUAUAUUACCAAAUGGCUGGAUGAAGCCAUGUUUGUUAAUUUCCUCUAUUGGGCUACUUGUGAUAAGGAAAUGCAUUAUCUCGGUUCAGGUUGAUAUAUGAAUGCAAGACACUGAUGGAGCCUUUCACCUGUAAAAAGGCUAUCUGGGAAAUUCAUCCUCUUGAUAGCAAACUGUUUCGAAUUAUUUAGAUGCAUUUGUGCAUGGAUCGACUUUUAAAUACGGCUUUGGAGCCUGCUGGACCCCCCUGUGAUCUAAAGUCAUAUAUCUAUAACUAUAUUUACAUUUUCAAGCCUUUUUAAAAGUCUUUGCUACCAAGAGGAUGUCCCAGGUCUGCCUGCUGCCUACAGACUGGUCCUUUGUGAAUGAUGUUGUUUCUGACUGCUUGGUUUCGUAUGUGACGCCCACAGAGGCUGCAACCACUGCUGCUCUUUCUGAUAGUAGAGCACUUAACGCUGGCCUAUCUCACCUCUCACCUCCUCAUCACACUCCUUUGGCUCAGGGCCGUACUUUUCUCAAGCUUUCUUCACAACUCUGUUAAUUCAGCAGCUUACUAGAAAAGCAGAAUUCAACAGUAACAGUGAGACUUAAAUAGCAUGUACCCUAUUUCAAUGUGUAGGCUGAUAACAUAAAACAUGCUUCUGCAAAACCGUGGGCGUGUUUCUGCACACGAGUGGCUUCUCCAUGUUUCUGUCUGGCCACGUCGAGCAUGUCAGGUGUGUCUGUGAGGACGUGUUAGGAUCAAUGAGAAGGUCGCCGCAGCACUUCUUUGCAAAGGAUCGUUACCUCUGAACAUUGCUGUGCCUUUGUUGUGAACUAGCCUUGCCAAUUACUCGAAAACGUGAACUGAUUUCCUUUUAUAUGUAUCAUUAAGUGCAAGCCUGAUUCAAGUGGAUUGAAUAUCAUUGCUGAUAAUAUGUUGUAUGAGAUUUCAUCUUGUGGUGUAUCAUAUUUAUAAUUUCCAGAUAUCCAUUGUUAGUAUUGAUAUUUUAAUAUUAUAUUUCUUUUUUUGUCUUAUUUAAUUUUUUUUUGUACACACAAGCUGUGAAAACAAUUCUGCACUUUAAUCCUGAACCUGAACAUUUAGACUCUGAGGAGGUGACUAUUUUUUUUCUUUCUUUUGUCACAGCUAAAAAUAAAACUGUUGCUUCUAAACCAA